AUGAUCACCAUCGACACCGCCUGCGUCGAGCUCUCGCGCUCCGGGAAUGCGGAGUUCUCCUCCCUACCACAGCCAAUACGAUACAUAGCGGGAAUCAACUCCGGUGUCUCGGUCCGCAACGCAGGCUUCGCGGCAGUGCCGGUCGAUAUGCUCCACCCGCCUUUCGUGUUCAUCCAAAUGGCGAUGAUGUUCAUCCAGGCGUAUCCCGUUGUGAUCAUUAUGCGGAAUACAAACCUUUACCUGGAGCGACAGCUUGGGGUGUACAAAGAAGACAUGACACAUACAGAUCUUUUGCGGAAAGACACACAUCCAAGUUGGACGCGGUUGCUAGCGAGACAUUUCAAGUGCGAGCUGGGAUACGUUUUUCUGCGGGCGCAGCUGAGGCAGUUGGUCGCCCGGGACGGCGCACUGGUCUUCUGUGCUACGCUGCUGAUCUGUAUUUUGGAGCUGUAUUUCCGCAAGGAUCCGGAACGGCCGGUCGACAUGCUGGAGUGUGUCAAGAUCACGUUCGAGGUCGUGUCGGCUUAUGGGAACGUCGGGUUGUCGUAUGGAUUGGUGGGGACGGUUGCUAGUCUAUGCGCAGGCUGGCACCCGUCGAGUUCACUGAUCCUAUGCAUUGUCAUGAUCAGAGGCAAGCAGCGAGGCCUGCUCGUCGCGCUCGAUCAUGCUCAACCUGACCCUAUAGGUGAUGUUGUGCAAUCGGCCGAGGGACAUUUCGAAGAAGUUGAAGCAAUGGAGAGGGAAAGACGGCAGUCGCAUGCAAACGUUAUGAAUGCGGAGGCAGAGGGCGAGACAGCUUAG